UAUCAGGCACUGCAGGAGCCGCAUGCUCCCAAUCCACGGAGACUCAGCGACUUGGUGGCGCGAGGCGACUCGGGAUUUGACUCUCUCAGCAACAUCACAGUGCUGGGGGUGUUCUUUGGCUUCCAUGUCCUCUCGGAGAUUUUGGAGAGUGAGAAUCCCGGCUGCCCUGCUGAAUUCCUAAACAUACCCAUCCCUCAAGGUGAUCCCAUAUUUGACCGUUCGGGAACAGGUGAUAUCGUCCUGCCCUUCCAGCGCAUGCAGUGGACUCCUGGAACAGGCCAGAGUCCCAAUAGCCCCCGGGAGCAGAACAACGGAGUGACCGGUUGGCUGGACGGCAGCGCCAUUUACGGCCCCUCGCAUUCCUGGAGUGAUUCUCUGAGAAGCUUCACAGGCGGGAUGCUGCUUUCUGGAACCGAGCCGGGCUUCCCAAAGGAGACCAAGGCAACCGGCGUAAUGUGGAAGGCGUUGGAUCCGUCGACAGGACAGGGUGGAACACGAGGGAUCUUUGACUUUGGAAACGCCAAAGCGAAUGAAAACCUGUUUCUGCAAGCAGUAAGCAUUGUUUGGUUCCGUUACCACAACUUCCACGCGGAAAAGCUUGCCAGAGAACACCGUGGCUGGUCAGAUGAGGACCUCUUCCAGCAUGCGCGCAGAUGGGUCAUUGCUGUUUAUCAGAACAUUGUGCUGAAUGAGUGGCUGCCAGUCUUCCUGGGAAAUGAAAGCAUCGCCCCUUACAAUGGUUACAAGCAGCAUGGGGAUCCCAGGAUCUCUCCCGAAUUCUUGACGGCUUCAGCGCUCUUCCUAGGCACCAUGGUCCCUUCUGGAGUCUACAUGAGGAAACAGAACUGCAGUUUUCGAGACGUGAUUAACGCAGACGGCAGCAUCUCUCCAGCACUCCGGCUGUGCAACAGCUACUGGAGCCGAGAGAAUCCCAAUCUCCGAACAGCUGUUGAUAUCGAUGAGCUUCUGCUGGGGAUGAGAUUGCAAAUUGCCGAGAGAGAAGACAAUAUUGUGGUGGAAGAUCUCAGAGAUUACUGGUAUGGGGCACUGAAGUACUCCCGCACGGACUUCGUGGCCAGCUGGGUCCAGCGUGGGCGAGACCUUGGAUUAUCCACCUAUAAUAAAGCCAGGGAGUUCUUCAAACUCGAUCCUGUUGAUGAGUGGCAGAAAAUUGAUGCCACGUCCUUCAAGGAGAACCAGACGCUUCUGGAGAACUUGGCAGCCAUGUAUGGCAAUGAUACAGACCGCCUGGAGUUGCUGCCCGGGGCCCUGUUGGAAAAAAACAGAUCCCUCUUCCGGGCCAUCAUCAAGGACCAGUUUCUUCGCCUGCGAGACGGCGACCGGUUCUGGUUUGAAAAUUCCAAGAAUGGAUUAUUCUCUGAAGAUGAGAUUUCCACCAUUAAGGACAUCAAGUUCUCCAACGUGCUUGCUGAUAUUCUCUCCAUAAAUACAAAUUUCCUCCAAGAAGACGUGUUUCUCUUGACAAAUGAACAUCCAUGCCCCCAGCACCGGCAGCUAAGAGCAGAGGAGCUGCCCCGCUGCGUGCCCCUAACCAUACUGGAUUACUUCCGAGGGAGUGCCGCUGGAUUUGGGAUUCUUAUCGCUGCUCUCUGCUGUUUGCCUCUAGUGAGUUUGUUUAUUGCUUGGGUUGUCGCUGCUUUCCGGAGAAGAGACUUCAACAAGCUGCAGAAGAAGCAAAACCCCAGUGAACAGGCAGAAGUGCGUGCAGAAGGAAUUCAAGCUUUUGAAUGGCAAGACCCCAAGACCACCAGCUCUCUCGUCUACGUUCAGCUGCAAGACGAUAAGGUGAUCAAAGUGCUGGACAGCAAGCUGGCCGUCCUCCGAAGCAUCAGCCUGAAAACCCAGCAGCAGGUGGAGACUGUUAUGUCUGACAACAAAGGCAACAAAACCUUGCUGCUGAAGAUCCCCAAAGAAUAUGACCUGGUGUUGAAAUUUAACAGCGAGUUCGAGUGCAGGGAGUUCCUUGGCCAUCUAAAAACGUACCUGGAAAAAUACCAACUGUCUCUCCGCGUGUCUGAGAUGAAAGAGCAGCAGCUGCUGAAGAAGGCAGUUACCAAACAGCAGAGGAAGGACAUCCUAGAGAUUUUCUUCAGGCAUUCAUUUGCCAAGGUCCUAGACAUUGAUAGAUUAGACGCUGGAGAGCUCAGCCUGGAAACGUCUCAGAAAGCCAAGGAGGCACUGAAGUGUGAGCUGAGCAGAGCCGAGUUUGCAGACGCACUGGGGCUUAAGCCCCAGUCGGUGUUUGUAGACUCCAUGUUCUCUCUUGCUGACAAAGACGGCAAUGGAUAUCUCUCCUUCAGGGAGUUUCUGGACAUCUUGGUGGUCUUUAUGAAAGGAUCUCCACAAGAGAAGUCCAAGUUGAUGUUCACAAUGUACGACAUUGAUAGGAACGGCUUCCUUUCCAAAGACGAGUUCUUCAGGAUGUUGAGGUCCUUCAUUGAGAUCUCCAACAACUGCCUCUCACGAGACCAGACUGAGCAAGUCAUUGAGUCCUUGUUCAGGGAGUCGGGGUUCCAAGAUAAGCAGGAGCUCACUUGGGAAGAUUUUCAUUACAUGUUGCGGGACCAUGACAAUGAACUCCGCCUCACCCAGCUCUGUGUUAAAGGGGUUCCUGAGAGAUUCAGGCAGAAUAUGAAUAAUCGUGUCUCCUUCAUAAACAAGGACAAAGGCAACAACUUGCUCCUAAACCAAGAACGGCCCCCGAUUUGGGGCGGAAUGGUACCACUUGAGGACCACACAGAACUGCGGAAGAGGCCAGGCAAAAAGCUCUCCUUUAACCAACCACACCUCUACACGGAGGCGCGGAGGGAGCGGUACCAGAGGAGCAAAGUCCAUCAAUCUAUCCAGCAGUUCAAACGCUUCAUCGAGAAUUUCCGCCGCCACAUCAUCUGCGUGGUGAUUUUCUCGGCCAUCACGGCCGGCGUCUUUGUGGAGCGGGCAUACUACUAUGGAUUUGCAUCACCUCCCACGGGAAUUGCAGACACGACCUUUGUCGGCAUCCUCAUCUCUCGGGGGGCAGGAGCCAGCAUCUCCUUCCUGUACUCGUUCAUCCUGCUCACGAUGUGCCGAAACUUCAUCACCUUCCUGCGGGAAACGUUUUUGAAUCGCUACAUCCCCUUUGAUUCGGCUGUGGAUUUCCACCGUUGGAUUGCUACAGGAGCCCUGAUCUUUUCAGUUCUGCAUACUUUGGGCCACGUGGUGAAUGUCUACAUCUUCUGUAUCACCCCACUCAGUGUCCUCUCCUGCCUCUUCUCCCACCAGUUUACGAAUGAUGGGUCACAGCUGCCCCCUAAGUAUUAUUGGUGGUUUUUCGAGACAGUACCAGGCAUGAGUGGAGUGCUGCUGUUGGUCAUCCUUGCCAUCAUGUACGUCUUUGCAACUCACCAUUUCCGACGAAUCAGCUUCCAAGGGUUCUGGAUCACUCAUCAUCUCUAUGUGGCUCUCUAUGUCCUGGUGAUCAUCCAUGGCAGCUUUGCUCUGAUCCAGCAGCCCCGCUUCCAUAUCUAUUUCAUUGUCCCAGCUCUCCUCUAUGGGGCAGACAAACUCAUCAGCCUGAGCCGGAAGAAGGUGGAAAUCAUUGUGGUCAAGGCUGAGCUUCUCCCAUCAGGUGUCACUCACCUUGAAUUCCAGAGGCCCCAGGACUUUGAUUACAGGUCAGGGCAGUGGGUACGGAUUGCCUGUCUGUCUCUGGGAACCAAUGAGUACCACCCCUUCACUCUGACCUCUGCCCCCCACGAGGACACGCUGAGUCUGCACAUCCGGGCAGCCGGACCCUGGACGACCCGACUGCGGGAGCUCUACUCUCCAGAAAGCAUCAUGGAAAUUGGCAGAUAUCCCAAGCUCUACCUAGAUGGACCUUUUGGAGAAGGGCACCAAGAAUGGAACCAGUUUGAAGUGUCCGUGCUGGUGGGAGGAGGCAUUGGGGUGACGCCUUUUGCCGCCAUCCUCAAAGACCUGGUCUUCAAGUCAUCAGUCGGCUCCAGGAUCCUGUGUAAGAAGAUCUAUUUCAUUUGGGUGACACGGACACAGCGGCAGUUUGAGUGGAUGGCUGACAUAAUCCGCGAGGUGGAGGAGAAUGACCAGAGUGACCUGGUCUCCGUGCACAUCUAUAUCACUCAGCUGGCCGAGAAGUUUGACCUGCGCACCACCAUGCUGUACAUCUGUGAGCGGCACUUCCAAAAAGUGCUCAACAAGAGCUUGUUCACGGGCCUGCGCUCCAUCACCCAUUUUGGACGCCCCCCCUUCAUCCCCUUCUUCUGCUCGCUGCAGGAGGUUCAUCCUGAGGUUAAGAAGAUCGGCGUGUUCAGCUGUGGCCCUCCAGGCAUGACUAAGAAUGUGGAGAAAGCGUGCCAGAAGAUCAACAAGCGUGACCAGACCCAUUUCAUCCAUCACUAUGAGAAUUUUUAGCUGUUUUGUAGACUCUUCCAUGGGAUGGGGUUCAGGAGUGGGCUGUUGAUUGGCAGCACACUUCUUCUCCCACACAGGCUCAUAGGGGAUACAGUCUGCCCAUUUCCAGUGGGAGUUGUUAGGUCAUAGUCUUACCUUUUGAACCCUGAGGGCAGGUGUGCCUUUGUCCCUGCUGAUGCUGCUGAACCAUGUGAAAUUAUGCUCAGAGAGGGUGGGAUCACAGCCUUUGGAGCCACUCAGACCACCGUCAGACUCAAAUCUAGAAAUCCUAGAAGGAUAGACUUGUUAGUAAGACAAGGCAAGAAAAAGUGGUGCGACAUCCUUGAUACAAAUAAAGAGCAUCUGUCUUGUAAAUCAGUUUGAAACUGGUUUAACUCUCCUGACUUCCGCCCAAGAACCCUCAAGAUUAUAGAUGUGUGAGAGAGCUGACUAUUGUUAUUAAGGAUACUUAAUAAUAUCCAGAGGUAUAAGAUGAGUCUGUGUCCCAAAAGCACUCACAAUCUAGAAAUAAACAAGAGGAAGACGCCAGCAACAGCCCCUGGAAAGACAUUGCGCUCAGGUUAGUUGCUCCUUCCAUUCUGCAUAUAAGGUGCCUCUUGGCGUAGGUAGCAGGGAUUAUGUUUUGUUAGCAAUCUAGAGGGCUCCUUCAUGCAACAGCAGCUCCUACGUUAGAUGCUAGGAGGGUUGAAUAUCUUUUCAUUGAUUUGACUUCAUAGCACGAAUAUGACCUAACUACCUAAAAGGUAUAACUAGCAAUGGUGGUUCGUUAGAAAUGUCCAAAAGCUACUGUCUGAGAUUACCUUUGUUAGGCCCUACCAACAAAGUCUUUGUGUCAUGUGGGUUUGAUCCUAAUAAAGGCAUGAUGCAACUUG